AUGGAGUCAACUCGUCAAGUCUACCUCCUACCUCUCACUGACGAUGGUGCACCGGAUGUACCAGGCGGUUAUCUUUAUUUACCUACUCCAGGCGAUACCCCAUACACCCUCAGAUUUACCGUUGAUGGGACAAGCUCAAUAUGUCGGCAGGGCAGCUUGUGGGUGAACUUCCCAGAAGCUGGGCAGGAGUUCGACCGUUACAAGUUCAGAGAGUUCAAGCUCAAUCCAGAUUUCAACCGUACCCUCGAGAUAGACGUACCAAUUGUGUCCGCGGGAGCAUUUGCCUUCUACACGACCUACAUGCCACUUCCAGAUCUUACUACCUCGUCAUCUAGAAUACCCGAGCCGAUGAGAACAGAGGUCUACUAUGUCGACGUUGAACCCCGUCUGAGGCUCAACUCAUAUACUCUGCCCCUUGAUGCAUUAUCAAUUUUCUCUGUUGUCUCUAAAUUCAUGGGAAAGUACCCGGAGGAAUGGGAGAAGCAUCUCCGGGGCAUCAGUGGAAGGGGAUACAACAUGGUUCAUUUCACGCCCCUGCAGACAAGAGGAGAGUCCAAUUCGCCCUACAGCCUCUACGAUCAGUUGUCCUUUGACUCAGAGAUGUUCCCCAACGGUGAACAGGAUGUUGCGAACAUGAUCCGAAGUAUGGAGGAGAAGCAUCAUUUACUGGGUUUAACGGAUAUCGUCCUCAAUCACACAGCGAACAAUAGCAAGUGGUUAGAAGAGCAUCCCGAGGCUGGUUACAAUGUGGAGACUGCACCUUGGCUAGAGUCUGCGCUCGAGCUGGACACGGCGCUACUCCAAUAUGGUGAAGAGCUGGAGUCGCUUGGGCUGCCGACCGACUUCAAGAACAUUGACGACUUAUUGAAAGUUGUUGACGGGAUCAAGGAACAUGUUAUAAGCAAGAUUCAGCUAUGGGAGUACUUUGCGGUAGACGUACCAUCAAACUCAAAGUACGUAGUUGACGCCUGGAUGUCAGGAGAAACGAGGCUGCCAGAUGGUGGCUUCGACCCUUCUAUGAUGGGAGGCGGCGUUGACGCCGUCAAGCAAUGGUCGCUCUAUCAGAAAGCGGACUUUCUCAAGAACAAAGGCAUGAAAAAUGGUCUCAGGAUAGAUGGCCGCCUUUCACGAACCGUGGACCCUCUUGUUGGAUCAGCCCUGCUCACUGCGCUUGUUGGCCGUUAUGAAGAGGGAAGCGAUACCAAACAUGCCACGAAUAUCACCAACAAUAUCCUGAACGAGCUAAACCUCCCCUUCUAUCGUGAAUAUGAUGCUGAUGUAGCAGCAAUUCUGGACCAGGUAAAAGGCCGUCUGAAGUACACUCGACUGGACGACAACGGACCGAAGCUAGGACCUGUCACGAAAGCCAACCCUCUGAUCGAAUCCUACUUUUCCCGUCUGCCACUUAACGAGACCACGAAAAGGCAUAAUCCAAAGUCCCUUGCCUUAGUGAACAAUGGUUGGAUUUGGGCUGCUGAUGCAUUGAAGGAUAACGCCGGCCCGGAUUGGCGACCAUACUUGAGGCGAGAGGUGAUUCCAUGGAGUGAUUGUGUGAAGCUACGCUAUGGCAGUGGGCCACAGGACAACCCUUACCUAUGGGAAUUCAUGGGCAAGUAUGUCCGGCUAAUGGCUAAGUACUUCGCCGCAUUUCGGAUUGACAACUGCCACUCCACUCCCCUACAUGUCGCAGAGUAUUUCUUGGACGAGGCCCGAAAAGUACGACCAGAUCUUGCGGUCUUCGCGGAAUUGUUCACCGGAAACGAGCAGACCGACUACGCUUUUGUGAAACGAUUAGGUCUGAGUGCUCUAAUUCGUGAAGCCAUGCAGGCAUGGAGCACGCAGGAACUGAGCCGCAUCGUACAUAAGCAUGGUGGAAGACCAAUUGGGAGUUUCGAAAUCAAUGUCCUUGGCGAUGAAAACAAAGUGCCAACCGAGACAAGUCUUACAAAUGGCAAUCAUCCUUCGUUGAAGGAGGAGGUCAAGCGAAUUCGCGAAAGCCCCCUGCACGCACUCUUCAUGGACUGCACUCACGACAACGAGAUGCCCGCCCAGAAGCGAGAUGCUCGUGACGCACUGCCAAAUGCAGCCCUAGUCAGCAUGUGCGCUUGCUCUACCGGUAGCGUCAUGGGCUACGAUGAAAUCUAUCCUCAUAUCGUUGAGAUAGUACACGAGACACGCCAUUACUCGUCCGCUUACUCUGAGGGUAAAGUUGUUGCGGGUGCUGGUGAAGGAGGUAUUGGCGGCGUCAAGAAGCUGCUCAACCAGAUCCAUACCAUGAUGGGUAAAGAUGGCUAUGAUGAGACUCAUAUCCAUCACGAAGGCGAGCUCAUCACUGUACACCGGGUACAUCCUGACUCCCGCAAGGGCUAUUUCCUGAUCGCACAUACAGCAUUUCCAGGCUACGGAAAUGGCAAUGGUGGGUUGAGUCCAGUGCACCUGACAGGCACGAAAGCCAAACCGAUUGGUGCUUGGACACUGGAGGUCGAUGCAGGCAAAGAAGCAAGGGAAGCAGCAGACGCCAACAAACAAUUUCUUAUUGGUCUUCCAGCACACACCAAAGAUAUCAAAGGUGUGUCAUUGGUUGCUGACGGCGAUGACACUAUAAUCACAAUUCCCGAAUUCUUUCCUCCAGGAUCCAUUGCCCUGUUCGAUACCUGGAUUCCAUCUGCCGAGCACUCCGAGGGUCUUGGAAACUUCGUCGUCAGUGGUGCUGAUGAGGCAUUUGGAGAGCUUGACCUCAUAGACUUGAAUUCUGUUCUCUAUCGCUGUGAUGCAGAGGAAAGAGAUUCAAGCGCUGGCAAAGACGGUGUAUACAGUAUUCCAGACCAUGGACCGCUAGUAUACGCAGGUCUUCAAGGCUGGUGGAGCGUGCUGGAAAACAUCGUCAAGUACAAUGAACUUGGUCACCCUCUUUGCAACCACCUACGGUCAGGACAAUGGGCUCUUAACUUCGUGGUUGGUAGAAUGGAAAGCAUCUCAAAGCAGGAGGGUCACAACAGACUUCGCAAGCCGGCUAUGUGGUUAAAAGAGCGUUUUGAUGCAGUGAAGAUCAUCCCUAGCUUCCUUCUUCCUCGGUAUUUUGCUUUGAUCAUACAAGUUGCAUUCAACGCAGCGUGGCGUCGGGGUAUUGCACUUUUCGGAAGCAACAUUCAACAAGGUCAAAAAUUUUUGCAAGAAUUGGCCAUGGUCAGUGUUCAGCAGACAGGCUACGUCAAGUCGGCAUCGUUAUGGCCAACGAAAAUCGUGCCUAGUCUUGCCGCUGGUUUACCGCAUUUUUCCGUUGAAUGGGCACGGUGUUGGGGACGAGACGUUUUCAUCUCGUUACGUGGCUUGUUUUUAUGCACUGGGAGGUACGAUGAAGCAAAGGAGCAUAUUAUGGCUUUCGCGAGUGUCUUGAAGCAUGGUAUGAUCCCCAAUCUCUUGAGCAGUGGAGCCUUACCUCGUUACAAUUCUCGGGAUUCUCCUUGGUUCAUGCUCCAAAACAUUCAAGAUUACAGCAAGAUCGUUCCUGACGGGAUGGAUCUUCUGAAAACGAAAGUGCCUCGUCGCUUUUUGCCGUACGAUGACACUUGGUUUCCUCACGACGACCCUCGAGCAUAUUCAAAGGAGUCGACGAUCGAAGACGUUAUUCAAGAAAUUCUACAGCGCCACGCAUCUGGUCUUUCCUUCCGUGAGUACAAUGCUGGUCCAGAACUUGACAUGCAGAUGAAGCCGGAAGGUUUCCAGAUCGAUGUCCACGUUGACUGGGAGACUGGUCUCAUCUUUGGUGGAAGCCAGUCGAAUUGUGGCACCUGGAUGGAUAAGAUGGGAGAAAGUGAGAAAGCCGGCAGCAAAGGUGUGCCUGGAACUCCACGAGAUGGUGCCGCCGUAGAGAUCACAGGCCUUGCCUACAGCGCUAUCUCCUGGGUCGCGGCACUGCAUAAAGAAGGGAAAUAUGCACAUUCGGGCGUGAAGAACAGCCAAGGCCAGGAGGUCUCGUUCCAGGAUUGGGCUGACAAGAUCAAAGCUAGCUUCGAGAAAUGCUAUUACAUCCCCACGGAACCCAAAGAGGACGCCAAGUUCGACGUCAACCCUCAAGUUGUCAAUCGUCGUGGCAUCUACAAAGAUCUAUAUAAAUCAGGCAAGGAGUAUGAGGACUACCAGUUGCGGUGCAAUUUCCCUAUUGCCAUGACUGUCGCCCCUGAUCUGUUUACAGCAGAGUAUGGCCUGGGUGCCCUCAAGAUUGUGGAUGAUGUGAUCCGUGGACCGACCGGCAUGGCUACACUAGACCCUUCAGACGCCAAUUAUCGUCCUUAUUACAACAAUUCGGAAGAUUCUACUGACUUUGCAACCUCGAAAGGCCGCAAUUAUCAUCAGGGUCCAGAGUGGUUGUGGCCGACCGGGUUCUUCCUCCGAGCGCUGCUGAAGUUCGAUCUCAUGCGCAAGAAUACUCCAGAAGAGAAGAUUGAGGCAUUCCAGCAGAUUGAGCGCAGGCUGAAGGGGUGCAAGAGAGCUAUCAAGGAAAGUCCGUGGAGGGGUUUGACGGAGCUGACGAAUAAGGAUGGGUCGUAUUGUGCUGAUUCAUCACCUACCCAGGCCUGGUCUGCUGGAUGCAUGAUAGACCUGUUCCAUGAUGCUUCUGCCUUGGCUUCUGAAGGUUAG